GUUGCAAGGUUCAAUGGCAAUUCAUUGCAUUGCUUCUAAUUCGUUCGUAAGAUUCUGAGUCAACGAUUAAUUAUUAAAUACUAAUGGAUGUCAGAGGAGAAUUCUCUAGUGAGCGAGAAAUAAAUAGAAUUGUCGAUGUGGGUGAAUCGCCAGAAUUUAUCGAAGAAAAGAUUAUCUCCUUGGCUCAAGCAAAGCCGAAGGGCAUCUCGGAUAAAGACAUAUCUGCUGAGAUUCCAGAUCUGGCACCGACGCGGAAGGCGGCAGCGAUAAACAAGCUAUUGGCUCAGGGAUACUUUGACUUAUUCAAGCAGGGUGGAACUCUUCUUUACCGUUUGAAAGACCCGAGCAAGGCUAAAUCGGUUAAAGGGGCAGACAACGAGGAGAAAGUUGUUUAUAAUAUAAUCGAAGAGGCUGGGAACAAGGGGAUAUGGAUACGCGACAUCAGGUUCAAAUCCAAUUUAAUGCCGACGCAGCUGAAUAAAAUUUUAAAAAGUUUGGAAACUAAGAAGUUCAUUAAAGCUGUAAAGUCGGUAGCGGCUAGCAAGAAGAAGGUAUAUAUGCUUUACAACUUGGAGCCUGACAGAUCUGUGACCGGAGGCGCGUGGUACCAGGAUCAAGACUUUGAGGCAGAAUUCGUCGAUAUUCUAAACCAGCAGUGUUACAGAUUUUUGGAGCAAAAAAAAGACAGUACAAAAAACUGCAAGGAUGGUCCUAUCGGUGCAAGAAAUAUAGCUUUUGCGUCGUCGAAAGAAGUUUGGAAAUUCAUUUCCGAUCUGGGAAUAAGCAAGGUUAAGCUUUCCGUGGAGGAUCUGGAAAUGAUUUUGAACACCCUUAUCUACGACGGCAAAGUGGAAAGAACUCUGUCAAGCGACGGAAGCAACUUGUACCGAGCGGUCGAACCGUUGCUCAGCCCUCCAGGAUUAAUUAGAACACCUUGCGGUGUUUGUCCGGUGAGAAAAAACUGCUGCGACGUAGGAGAAAUAACGCCAAAGAAAUGUCACUACAUCAAGGAAUGGUUGGAGUGAAGUUUUGACAUCGAAAUUCGCGUUGUAUCUGUGUAUAAAUAUAGAUCCAUGAAAUGUGAA